GGAGCCAAUGAGGAGCGUGCGGGGGCGGGCCCGGGGCUGUCAGCAGGCAGUAAGUUCUAGAAGCCUCAUGGUCUGAAGCCGGAGACAGAAAAACAUGGACAAGGUGACCGAGCUGAAGGAUCAGGGUAACAAGGCUCUGAGCGCGGGGCAGAUCGACGAGGCGGUGCGCUGCUACAGCGAGGCUCUCGCCCUCGACCCAGGAAACCACGUGCUCUACAGCAACCGCUCAGCCGCCUUCGCCAAGAGAGGAGAGUACAAGAGAGCGCUGGAGGAUGGGAGCAGGACUGUGGAGCUCAAACCAGACUGGGGCAAGGGUUACUCUCGGAAGGCAGCGGCCCUCGAGUUCCUCGGCCGGUUUGAAGAGGCCAAGACGACCUAUCAGGAGGGGCUGAAGCACGAGCCGUCCAAUCAGCAACUGAAGGAGGGGCUUCAGAACAUGGAGGCGAGACUCGCAGAGAAGAAGAUAAUGAAUCCGUUCUCUGUGCCGGACCUGUAUGAGAAGCUGGGGAAUGACCCUCGAACCCGCGCCCUGCUCUCUGACCCGAGCUACAGGGAGCUGAUCGAGCAGCUGAGGGCCAAACCAGCCGACCUGGGCACUAAGCUGCAGGAUCCCAGGGUGAUGACCACACUGAGCGUGCUCCUGGGCAUCGACCUGGCCGGCGUUGACGAGCAGGAGGACGAGACUCCGCCCCCACCCCCGCCCCCCAAGAAACAGGAGCCGCCCAAACCCAAGGAGGAGGAGUUACCGGAAAACAAGAGACAGGCUCUGCAGGAGAAGGAGCGCGGGAACGAAGCCUACAAGAAGAAGGACUUCGAGGCGGCGCUGAAGCACUACGAGGCGGCCGUGAAUCUGGACCCAGCGAACAUGACCUACAUCUCCAACCAAGCAGCGGUGUAUUUUGAGAAGGCAGAUUAUGAGCGCUGCAGGGAGCUCUGUGAGAAAGCCAUCGAGGUGGGGAGAGAGAACAGAGAGGACUACCGACAGAUCGCCAAGGCGUACGCACGCAUUGGAAACUCGUUCUUCAAGGAGGAGAAGUACAAGGAGGCGAUUCAGUCAUUCAAUAAGAGCCUGACAGAGCACCGGACCCCCGAGGUGCUGAAGAAGAGCCAGCAGGCUGAGAGGAUCCUGAAGGAUCAGGAGAAGCUGGCCUACAUCAACCCCGAGCUGGCUCUGGAGGAGAAGAACAAAGGCAACGACUUCUUCCAGAGAGGUGACUACCCCCAGGCUAUGAAGCACUACAGCGAGGCCAUCAAACGCAACCCGGGGGACGCCAAGCUGUACAGCAACCGCGCCGCCUGCUACACCAAGCUGCUGGAGUUCCAGCUCGCUCUCCGGGACUGUGAAGAUUGUAUCAGAUUGGAUCCUGCCUUCAUUAAGGGGUACACUCGUAAGGCGAGCGCUCUGGAAGCGAUGAAGGAUUUCAGUAAAGCCUUGGAGUCCUACCAGAAAGCACUGGAGCUGGACAGCAACUCCAAGGAGGCGAUCGAGGGGUCUCGGCGAUGCAUGCUGGCGCAGUACCAGCGCAAUGACGACACCCCCGAGGAGGUGAAGAAGCGGGCGAUGGGGGACCCCGAGGUGCAGCAGAUCAUGAGCGACCCGGCCAUGAGACUCAUCCUGGAGCAGAUGCAGAAGGACCCGCAAGCGCUGAGCGAGCACCUGCGCAACCCUGUGAUUGCUCAGAAGAUUCAGAAGUUGAUUGAUGUGGGGCUCAUCGCUAUCCGGUGAGGCGACGGAGCGAAGACGGGGGGUCCCCGAGCCCCCCCCCCCGACAGAAUUAAUAUUAACAAACAAACACACUGCAGCAAACUUAAUACAUUCAAU